AUUAAUCUCUACGCUUCUCUCUCUGCAAUUACUCCUUGAGAGCAUCUCUCUCUAGAAUAUUGAGUAUUGCUGAUUUGAGCGUCGGAGUGUUUUCCCCGAGGAAACAACCUCGGGAUUUUUAAGUGUAGAAGCAGCAGAGGACUUCAAUAGUGUUGGACUGCGAAGCUGCCCAAACAUUUGGCGCCGUUUGUGGGAACUGAACAAGAAGUUGCGUAGCUUGACCUGCUGAAGGACAAAAUGGUUCGCACUUUUACAGGAGGUCACGCUCCAAGAAAUGAAAUGGACGAGUAAGAGGACGUUCAACUGCCUGAACCCGGCUUAAAUGAUUUUAGACCAAUGCCCAAAAACCUUUUUGUUGGGGGAGCAGAACAGGAUCACCUAAGCGAAACAGAUGAUGAUGAAAGAACACCAACUGGGUAUGCAACCCAGCCUGAACAGUUCCAAGUUCUAACAGGAACAAGACCAAGACCUUCUAGACCAUGCAAUUCACAACAUGAACGACCUGAAAGGUCAAUAGAACUUGCUCGGACAACCGAGCUCGAAGAAAGAACUAGAAUUCUCGAAAUGGUAAUGGGUAAAAUCCUUGCCCGCCUGAUCCCUGACGACCCCCUGAUUCCUUUGUUGAACAGGGAUGCACAACCAGCUGCGGUUGUUGCAACUCGAAACUCACCCACUUUAAGCAACAUAGUAGUGUCGACCAGGCCAAGGGGAAGUGGGAGGCUAAAUAACGAGCCCAGCUCGUCCAGACAUAGUGAAGAACUGAUGAGGAAAAAUGUAGACCUAGAAAGACAGAGAUGGUAUCACAAACUCCCCCGACAUUCCAUAGACUCAUACUCCCAACUCGCCAAGCUAUUCUCCAACAAAUUUGCGAGCCAAAGGGAGAUUAAACGUACAGCGAUCGAACUAAUGCAGGUUCAUCAGAAAGAGGGAGAAUCUUUGAGGGACUACAUGCAACGAUUCAACAAAGCUACUUUAGACAUUGAUAACGUCCCCGAUACCAUCUGCUUAUCUGCCUUGUUGCAUGGUUUGAAGCUUGGCCGGUUUUUGGACGACCUGCUGGAGAAUCCACCCAAGUUAUGGAAUGAAGUAAAUGACAGGUCGGCAAGCUUCAUAUUGUCUGAGGAUUUUCAAUCUUCUAAGAGACAAGCUGAUGACAAGCAAGGAAAAGAGCUCAAGCAGUCUGAAAACAGAGAUGACAAGAAGAAACAGAAGGUUGGCGAGCAGAGAGGGAAACCGCCUUCCUAUCCAAAAUAUGACAGCUACAUCCCCUUGAGCUCGUCACGAUCCCAGAUAUUGGCACAGAUACAGCACUGGGUCAAGAGACCCCCUCCACAAAUGCACGAUUCUUCACGAGCUGACAGAAGCAAAUACUGCGACUAUCACCGUGUCUACGGCCAUAACACAGAAGACUGUCAGAGUCUGAAAGACGAGCUCGAAUUCUUGGCUCGCAAUGGGAAAUUGGAGGGAUACGUGCAGAAGCCUUUUGCUCGGCAACCCACCCAGACUCACUUUGUACAAGAGUACGGCCGAUCUCAAGCACCUGGAUAUGAACUCGGUAACAACCCAAAUUCUUACCAGGCAGGUCCAUACUCUUCUGAGCCAAACAGAGCAUACAGGGGACGCCCGUUUAAUAGGCGUGGGCAAGGACAGAAAACACUUGCAUAUAAUCAAAAGGACCACAGAGGGGUUGGGUAUGGUGGAAUACCCCCGCCAUCUGGCACAAUAAAUAUGAUUUCAGGUGGUGUUCACUCUGAAGGCCAAAGCGCCCGAGCCCGCAAGGCAUAUGCCCGGCAGGUGAUGACCGUCAACAAAAACAGGCCCUUGAAACGGCCGUUCGAGGAGGCGGAGUGGGAGAAUGCAGCCAUCACAUUCAGCCCGGCCGAUUAUAAGCGAGCAGACGGGGAACCCGACGUUAUGAUGCUUCAUGCGGAUCCCUUUGUGGCGACGGUCCAUAUAGGCAAUCAUAACGUCAACAAGGUCUUUGUUGAUACGAGUAGCUUGCCAGAUAUCCUUUAUUGGAGUUGCUUUCAGAAGAUGCAGCUAAACCCAAGAUCACUGCAAAAAUAUGAAGGGCCCAUCUAUGGGUUCAAUAAUCAACCCGUCCCGGUAGAGGGAGUCAUUACUCUGCCCAUCUAUGUGGGCUCGUGCAGUGGAAGUGGGAGCGAUCUCUUCCUCCUUGCAGACCAACAUCGGCAACAAAUGUUAUGGUGCACAGUAUCAUCAUUACAAUAUAUGUGGACGGCAAAAAAGAUUGCGAGGGCGGAAAAAGAACCGAGAGUUGAAUUAAAGGAGCAAAAGCAGUUGUUAGCAGCAGGCCCAACAUGGUGGUGUUUAGGGCAGAAAAGGAGUCUCCCAGCCUGCAAAUCCAAACCGCAAGGCAAAGUUUAUUAGAAGGCCCAAUAUGGAACCGGGCUUAAUGUAAUGAAAUUAAACUACCAGCUACCUUUUUUUCCAGGAUUUGGGAAUUUGUUGGCACAAUUUACCUUAUGCACAUGAGUAAAUUCACAAAUCCUUA